GGAAGCGUCUCGUUAUGACGUCCUCAUAGGCUGCUGAACGCAAACUUGACAAUGCGGUCCCUCUUUGUCGCCGCGAGCGCGGUGGCGCUGCUUCUCGGGAGUGCGUCAGCUCUGCACCCCUACCGCACUAAGCAGCCAGGCAUGCCGGCUGGACUCAUUGACAUGGAUGUGCUCGGAGCCCCCAGCUUCCUUUUUGCUGGCGCAUCCGAAGGCCCCGGCCGCGUUCUCGUUUCCUCCAUGGGCACCGCCGCUACUUCUGUUGCUGGCCGCGCCGCAGAGCGCCGCCUCGCCGCCAGCCGCCCGCCCCCCAGCAGGAGCAAGAAGACGAUCAUGAACGCGUGCACGUACGUGACUAACUCGCACGAGUACGGCAAUGGCAACUUCACUGAGGCACGCAACUGCAUCCCAAACUUCGAUGCCGCUCCGUACCUCCAGAAGACCAUCGGCAAGACCGGCAGCGUAUGGGCAAAGGCCUCGCUGCAGGACUCGCUGACCACCAUCGAGUGCUUCAAGCACAACAAUUUUACCAAGGAGGGCCAAGACGCCUGCCGCGCGGACCGCAAGAACCGGUGCUGGGUGUACAACGGUCAAUGUGGAAACGCCGUCCUGAACUACGUCGUAUAUGGUGGUGAUGGAAAGGGUGCCGGCGCCGCCUGCAAGGGUGCCCCCCAAACCGAGAACCGCCGCUGCCAGUCACUCUUCAAGGACGAGUGCACUCCUGCAAACGGCUGUGUCUGGAACAUGGUGUCCUACUACGGUACCUGGGAUAACUAUGUCAGGUAUGAGCCCAUGAUGAUACAGCAGAAUGGCGGCCCGACAAUCUUCGGGGCCUGCAUGUCUCCUCUGGCCCAGGAAAUUCUCAUUGCGAACUACAAAAGCUCGAACAUGUCGGAGCAGUACUUCAACGACACCGCUCUUGCCGUCGUUUGGAAUGCCCCCAAUGGCCCUGGCAACGAUUUUGGCACCUGCGCGUUUGCCACGGCGCUGCGGCAAUCACGUGCCUACCAGAACGCCUGCAUCUACGCCAACACCAUCAUGGCCCACCCAGAGAUCGACCCCAGUAUCAUGGCGGUUGCGGUUGAGAACGGCACCACCCCGGGUGCCAUUGACAUGGCCGCGAGCGUGCAGCAGUGCCUGGCUAACGGCUGCACAAUCCACCCUUGGUCAGCCGCCUUCCUGAGCGCUUCUUACGGCGCGAAAGUGACAUCCGGGCACUACGAGUGCAUUUUCAGCCAGGGCGAAUACCAAUCGUUCUUCCUCAACCCCUUCACUGAUGGCGGUGUCUACACCCAGUUUACUCAGUGCACCCAGCCGCACCGCCAUGCCAGCAAGGAGCGGUGUGAGGCGGUGAAGAUCGAGGUUUGAUCACAUCGAGAUUCGCUCGGGAACCACCCAGCGGCAGCCCACCGCCCGCAACAUCAUCGCCGUCAUGCGGAGGCGGCAUGCACGCAGUGCCAUGGAGCGCUGGAACGGCACGCACACGUGCACGUGUGCGUUAUGGUCCCUCAGUUCCCUGCAUGUGCCAGCGUGUGCCGCAUUGUUCGCUUACUGGCAGGGUGGAAUGAGUUUUGGUGCCUGAUGCCUGGCUAUGUUCGCCACGCACGAUUAUGUUUGUUUGCAAGGCGCGUGGAGCGAGAUGUAAAUUGCACACAGGGGUCGUAUCUUGUUUUCGGGGUGAUGUCUGGUUCCAGACAAAAACGGCCGGAUGGCCGCCGUCUUUUGUCUGGGCACAAGGCGGUUUGGGGGCUUCUCCACAGGAAUUCGGAGUUUCGGACAAAACCCGCCCCAAACCCGGGCCAACAAAGUCUCACCCCAGACAUUAGCCCCCGGGACAUUAUCAACUUGCCUUGCCACUGUCCCAUCACACACCCCAGACAUUAGCCCCCGGGAGGAAUGUCUAGGAAACGGCCAAAAUGGCCGAUUAAUGUCUGGAGACAUUAAGAUAGGAGAUUUUGCACAGGGUCCGUUGUUGCUUGAUCAUACUUGAUUGGUGCGAUACCGGUCAGCUGUCUGUACUGUCGGUAGAUUGGCUGUGCUCCGCUGUGCUGAUGUAACCGAGCACUGCUUUGCA